AUGCCCCCAUUCUCCGGCAAAACUGUGAUUGUAACCGGGUCGAGCUCCGGAAUCGGGCGAGAGGCCGUCAGAUUGUUCGCGCGGAAGGGCGCAAAUGUCGUUAUUCACGGCCAAAGCGAGAGCAAAUUGAAGGUAUUCAAUCUGCAGUCAUACUAUUAGCAUUUUCAUAAACUACGGCUUUUUUUGAGGGUUGCACGGUGCACAAAGAGACACAUCCACUGUGCGUUGGCGACAAGCAUGGGAAAAAUUUCAAGAUGCACUGUGCGAAAGCGAAAAAAUGUCCAUGUACUUUACGAAAAUGCUAAUACCAACCGACCAGUAUCAACAGCCCAACUAUUGUUUUAGGAAUUUACAGCGUCCCUGGAGAAAUGCGGACUGACUCCGGAUCGGUAUUUGGUUGUUCAAGGACCAAUCCAAGACGAGAAAACCCGGAGCGCCUUAAUUAACGGAACACUGAAGAAGUUCGGGCGAAUUGAUGUGCUGGUGAACAAUGCUGGCGCGCAGAAUGAUCCGGCGGAUCCUGAUCUGGAUAGUGUUCAUAAUUUGGAGUUCUUGUUCAAUGUGAAUUUUAAAAGGUAGCUGGGGAACUGAGUAGAGCUCAACUAACCAAAAAGUUGAAUUUUUUUCUGCGAGAUUUAAAUCUCGGCUCUUUGUGUGGAAAAUGCAGCAAGUCUACAGAAACUCCCCCUUAUUUUUCUUUCUUUCAGUAUGUACGACCUCAACGACAAAGUCUAUCCACAUUUGCGGAAGACCAAGGGAAAUAUUGUGAAUAUUUCCUCGGCUGGUUCGCAAAUCGUCCCACCCUUUGCUAUCGCCUAUGCUUCGCUAAAAGCGGCCGUCGACGCCUAUUCGAAGGGCCUGGCCGUCAAGUACGGGCCUGAGGUUCGAGUAAAUUCGAUUAGGUGAGUGGAAAAGGACACUCGCGGAGUUGCCGCAAAGUUAAUGUUAUUUUUGACUCGAAAAAUAUAGUAGGAGACCUGAUCCAGCGGCAAAAAACGUGCCAUUAUGCAUCCGGGAAGCAUCAAAAUGUGGCAAAAUACCUCCCUCUCCAAGUGAAAAAAACUCAAGAUUUCAAAAGCGCGCCCACCCUUUUUGUGAGGAAAAUGGCGCGCUCUUCAAAACGAAGCUUUUUCACGAAGAGUGAAGCAUUUUGCCACAUUUUUGAUACUUCCGGGAUGCAAAAUGGUACGUUUUUUGCCACUGGAUCAGGUCCCCCACUGUAAAAAUACUUGUCAUAUUUUAGUCCCGGGCCCACCUCAACCGAGUUCUCGUCGCGUCAACAGGGCGGGAAUGGCAAUCUCUUGGAGACUUUCAAAAAAAUCAUCCCGAAAUUGCCGCUGGGCCGCAUUGGAAACCCCGAAGAAGUCGCGAAUGCCAUCGUUUUUGUCGCCGGCAAAGAUGCCAAGUACAUUACUGGGUCUGUCAUCGUUGUUGACGGCGGAUUCAUCGUGGGAAUGCCAUAUGCGAGAUGA